AUGGAUUCAAGCUCACCCCCAUCUCAGGAUCCACCUUGGAGACCCUGGGUUAUAUCUUUUGUUGCUCUUGUUUGCGCCUUCACCCUCAUAUUCAGUUACUACAAGUUGCUCAAACGGCUCUGCAGCGCAAGCUUCUCAAGAAACCUGAAUCGACGACGCAUUCUGAACGAAAUCAACCCAGAUGAUCCAUCUCUACAGUUUCAGAGCCGGGGGCUAGACUUCUCUGUUAAGCGGUCUCUCCCCGUAACUCAGUUCAAGAAGAAAGAUGAAGCAGAAGCUGCAGAACACAGCCAAAGCAAUGCAGACUGCGCAAUCUGCUUGGGCGAAUUCGAAGGAGGCGAAUGGCUGAAAAAACUGCCCAAAUGCUCUCAUGAGUUCCACAUUUCUUGCAUAGACACUUGGUUUGUGUCUCACUCAAACUGUCCCUUGUGCAGAUCACAAGUCUACGAUUUUAUGCAUGAUUGUCUUGUUCCUAUGGACACUGCAUUAGAGACAUUGAGCCAAGAUGAAAUUCAAGAAAGAGCAUCACAUUACCAAAUGCUGCAGACAUUGAGCCAAGAAGAAAUUCAAGAAAGGGCAUCUCAUUACCAAAUGCUGCGAUUCACUAUCCUGGAGGACUGA